GGGCGCCCCUGCAAGGCUGCAAGCCUGCGACCCCGUGGCCGUGUUGCCUCCUCCGUCCAACUCCGGCAGCUUCUCCCGGCGGGCGCUCCCCCCGCCUUCCUCUCCUUCCUAGGCCCCGCCACGACCGAACUCCCAUCCCAUGGGUGCUUCCGAGUCUCUCCUGGCCAGGCAGCCGCAGCAGCAGCAGCAGCAGCAGCGACCGCAGUGGGCGGACGAGAUCACGACGAUAUCCGACGGCCGGCGCGACGCCGCGAACGAAGACCCUCUCCUCCGCCGCAUCCGGUCACUUACCAUCGCCCCGCCGCUGUUGAGCGGUCAGCCAGCGGCGGGCUCGGAGAAUGAGACCAGCUUCACUGAUAUUCUUGUACGGAAACCCUCCGGCUCCUCCUCGGCCGCCUCUGGCAAUUUGAGUCCAAAUCUGAUGUUUGAGCUUUUCGCUAUGUACCGUGAAUGGCAAGAAGAGAUGGCCAAGGAAAUCAGUGGAAAACAGGGAGAGCUAGAAAAUAAGAUAGAAACGGCAGAUGCAUUGGCUGUUAAACUUCUCCAGCGGUUCAAUUACUCUGUUACUUCGAUGAGAUCAGCCUCUCACAAUCUUGCUGAAGUUCAUCCAUUGCAGGUGGAAGUUGGUGAAUUGAAGGGCAGGUUAACUGAAGUAAUAAGUAACUGUGACGCAUUGUGCAAGAGGAUUACUGCAGAAGGGCCAGAAAGUUUGCGAACGUCCGUCGAACCUUUCACCACUGGCAUACUGGGGACGGGAGGUGGAUCCCCUGACCCAAAAGAGCAGCCCUGAGGACACUAAUAUGCCUGCUUGUCUGAACUGCUGGUGACAUAAAGGCAUUGCAGGGAAUUACGUAGUUAGUACGGAGGAUGUCGAUCAGAACGAUGUGCCAUGGGACAUACUUCCUCCGUCCGUAAAUAGUGCUAGAUACAUCCGUUUGAGCGACAACUAAUUAUGGAUGGAGGGGGUACUCUUUCCUGGAUUGAUUGGAUUAUUGGUCUCCUUUUGUUGGAAUUCAUUCUCUCCUCUUGUAGUGGUUAAUUUUCCUUGUGCGUGUGUGCGUGAACUGCAAGAACUUCCUACAUUUGUUUACAGAGGUAGUACGUUACACCAAACUACAAUAGUUGAGGCAACUAUCGAAUAUUAUCAACAUCUUUUCAAAGCUUCAAUUAUUUUAGAUAGUAAAA